UUGAAAGUUAAGAUUUUAAAUAUCAUCAAUUUAGUCAUAAUUAAUUGCUUUAAUUUUCAAUUUUAGGUAUAGUUGUUGCAACUAAUCCUAUAUGGUACGAGAUUAGCUGUUACUUAAAUGGUCGUAUGAAUGGUGCAGCGUUACAUACAUUUGUGUAUCGUAAUGCUCAUGGUAUUAAAAACAGAUUAGGUCUUGUUUCUGGUCAGAUCAAAAAGAACAGCUUAAUGACGGAAGAAAAUAGUUCGCACAAUGAUGAUGAUUCUAGUGAGGAUAAUAGUGAUAUAUCAAUAACACUACCAUCAAAAAAAAUUGUAUUCACGUUUUCACCUGAAGAAUGGAAAAGUGUAGAGCCGGAAGAAGUCCGUUACAAAGAUAACGAGAAAAACCGCUCUACACAAAGUUCAAGAAUAUACCAUGUAUUGCCAAAAAAUACAUGGACACCAUUAUUGGCUGAACAUUUUUGGGAGCAUACUCAGUUACCUUGUUGUCUCUCUUUUCGCAGAGCAAGAGUACAUCCAUAUGGUAAUUUUUACAUAAAAGUUGUCGGAAAAUGUACUAUAUGUGAAUCCUAUUUUGAAGGAAUUGUGUUCGAAAGACCUCCAGCAGCUGCAAGAGUGCUUAUGGAAUGUUCGUACACAGGUAAUUUUAAUGAAGUGCAUAAGGCAAAGAAACGUCGCAUGAUUGGACCUGCACAAUCAAAAGCUAUUACAGCUAUGAUUAAUGACGGUCGUUCAAGCGAGUCAUUUAGAGAGACAGAAGCAGUACGGUUAAUGAAAAUAGGUAGGUAUUUAAUAUUAAUAUUAUAAAUAUAACUGUAUUAGUGUAUUAUUAAUUAUCAUACUUAAAAUACUAAAAAUGUUCACAUUGUCAAAAAACUUAAAAUGUAAUAUAAGGUUCCAAAUCAAGUACAAAGUCACAAAUUAAUAAUUAGGUUUGGGGUGGGGCUAACUUGAUGGAGCACCACUCCCGAACACUUUGACAGAUCUGUUCCAAACCAACGUCGAUAUUUAGCAAGUCAAAAGUAAAAAAAAAAAACGCAGAGAAAAACAAAAUAACAAUUAAGGAAGAACGGGAAUUUUUUCACAAAAUCGGUUUUCGACAAAAUCGAUUUUUGUUUUUGGUUGUAAAUAUAUUGUUACAAUAGUAGUUGAAACAUUUUAAAAAUACAAAAGCACAAUUUUUUUUAUAAGCAAAAAUUUCCAAGUAGUUUUCAAAAGUGCCGUGAAAAACAGAAGAAAAAUUAAGGAAAAACGCGCAUUUUUAAGCAAAAUCUGUUUUCGAGAAAAUCGAUUUUGGUUUUUGGUGUUACUCUAAGACAAAUGAACGUAUAUACAUGCAAUUUUCACUGGUUGUUUAUAUUUGCAUUUUCUA